AUGCCUGGUAACGGAGCAGCUCAAAUAAAAUGCGAACCACUAUCGGAUGACGACGACAGCAAUUCUUUCGCUCACGGGUUUUUAGCCAAUCAGUCCGAAGGCUUGGAGGAGUUGGCACCGCUGGCGCCGGCGGGGCCCGCGGCGACGCCUGUCUGCGUGAAGCAGGAGCCCUCGGACGCAGCCCCGGCCUCCGCCUUGGAAACGCUGGAACCGGCGCCCCAUGCCACGGGCUCCACUCUUCUCGACAGGCAUAUGUCCAUGCUGUGCUCCCCCGAAGAGCCUGACUCCUCUGACUUCAUGCCUCUGCUGGCGGUCAAAGAUGAACCACUGUCCGAAGGCGAACAACAACACUACAGCGGCGAGGACACCAGCGACUCGUGCGGCACCCAACCCGAGCCGGCCCCCAGGGCGAGCCCCAAAACCUGGACGCAGAAGGAUAUGGAGAACGCGCUCGAGGCGCUGCGGAAACAUAACAUGAGUCUCACUAAGGCUUCAGCGACAUACGGCAUUCCGUCGACGACGCUCUGGCAGCGAGCACACCGGCUCGGCAUCGACACGCCGAAGAAGGAAGGCACCUCCAAGUCGUGGAGUGAAGCUGAUCUCAGGGGAGCCCUGCACGCAUUACGAGCGGGAGCAAUUUCCGCCAAUAAGGCUAGCAAAGCCUACGGGAUCCCCAGCAGCACGCUGUACAAGAUAGCUCGCCGCGAGGGCAUCCGGCUCGCGGCGCCCUUCAACGCGGCGCCCACCGCGUGGCGGCGCGCCGACCUGCAGCGCGCGCUCGACGCCAUCCGCUGCGGCGCCAGCUCCGUGCAGCGCGCCGCCUCGCAGUUCGGGAUACCCACAGGCACUCUGUAUGGUCGCUGCAAACGCGAGGGUAUCGAGUUGUCUCGCUCCAAUCCCACUCCUUGGUCGGAAGACGCCAUGGGGGAGGCGUUAGAAGCUGUCAGGGUAGGACAAAUGUCAAUAAACCAAGCAGCCAUCCACUUCAACCUGCCUUACUCCUCGCUGUAUGGCAGAUUCAAACGAUGCAAGUACCAAAUGCAGACACUUCAACCAAUGUCGCAAACAGAUCAAAAGCCAAUAGAAAUGGAGCAGACGUGCCAACCGCACGAGGUUUUCUACCAACAUCCGGAGCAGUACAUGCAACCUACAGAUAUGAUGGAACAAAACAUUCAAAAUAUUCCAAUGUUCGAUUACCAGGCGUACUAUCAAAAUGGAGUCGUCAGUUGAGAGUACGGGGCCUCUUAUGGGGAGGCCCCUUGACCCAUCCGGGGUCGAAAUGGCUGUGUGUUUUAACGUUAUUUUACCUGGCAAAGCCAAAAGAAGGGUCACGAAUUUACAGUAUUUUAAUUUUUCAUCUCGGUAAAGAAAUUGCGACAAACCUGUAAUCUUUUGUAGGUAGCGCUAAAGUUGCGCAGGCGAAGGUACCUAUUAUUUUUAUUGAAGCAUUUGGUAAUACAAGUAUUGUGUUAAUUGUUUGAAUUGGUUAUCAACAGUUGAGGGGUUAAGUAAAAAUUAUUGUUCAUCCUUAUACACUUAUGCUUAUUUGUUGAUAGUAUGUUUGGCAUUGCAAGCCAGAAUAGAGAGAAAGAGAAGAUGUAAAGGCUACAUGGUUGUUUCAAAAUGGUUAGUGAUUUUGAAACUGUUUGUAAGAUAAGUUAGGCUAAGCCAGUAGUGAACUGCUAGAUUUAGUUUUAAGAGAAACUGCCAUUACUAACGAAAAUACGUAAUUUUUGAGGGUUGAUAAGUUUUAGAGUGUAAAGUUAUUCUUCCGUGCCAUAAUACUUACGUAAGUUGGGAGACGAUAUCGUCUAUUUUUCUGUAUAUUUUUAAAAAUUACGUAGUGAAAAAUAUUAUGUUUGUAGUAAGGUAUGUCCAAAUGAUAUCCGUACUAUUUUAAUGUGAUAGAUUUAAAAUUUUUAUGUACUAUUUCAAAAUUAUUUUUAAUUAUUGUACGUAUAACGCCAUCUGUUAAGACAAAUUUUAUGUUUGUUUUGAGAUCCUGUCCAUAGGUGGCGCUAUAAAGUACUUUAACAGAUGUUGCAAUGCUGCGAUAGAUGGCGUUGUAAUAUUUCGAUUUUGAAGACAUGUUCAAACUAGCAAUAACUAGUCAUUAAUUCGUUUUUUUUAUAGAGAUUAGUGGCUUUUAGAUCUUUUUAAAAACCAACAGACUGAACAUGCUUUUUAUUGUAAUAUAUAUCUUAGUGUCAUCCCAUUUAAUUUCGUUGUGAUUAGGAUGAAAAUACAAGAAUUAUACAUAAAAAUGUCGUUUUAUUUGGCAAUGGAUGUGUGUACAGGCAUAAUUAUAAAAUCAAUAAUUUGCUGGUAUGUAUAAUAAUGGUAGACUGUUAUUUGCAAACUGUAAUAACAUAUUACAAUAUAGAAUAAAUAAAGAAAUAAUGCCAGCUAAAUGACUGAGUCUUUUUGCCAAAGUUUUUCUUUAUUGCUGUUUUUACUAAAUUAUGAGAUUUAUCGAUAUUUCUCAAUAAUUUCGAUUUAUAUUAUCUAAUUUAUUAUAUAGAUGGCGCUAUUAACAAUGUAUUAUUUAAAAUCUUUAUUUCUGUAAAUGAAGCUCCACCUAUUAAUACAUUUUUCAUGUUUGUUUUGAAAUCCUGUUCAUAGGUGGCGCUGUACAGUACUUUUAUGAUGUUGCAACGGUGCGAAAGAUGGCGUUGUAAGAGUUCGAAUUCGAAAUAAUGUUCAAAUUAGCAAUAACCAUUUAUGAACUAUUUUUUUUAUAGCAAUUAGUGGCUUUUAG